CAAAUACGCUCACGCGCCGCUCCUGCUCGGCUUCUCCACAGUGGAUGGCCUUAUCGUUUUCCAUCAUAUCCUCUUUGGAGACUGUACAAAGUACAUUGUGGAUGAAGAUAAUACUUUAUCAGAGAAAGCUAUGGCACAACACAAAUACUGCUUUGUAUUCAGUACAUUAUGUAUUCCCUGCAUCCAGAGUUUCAGCAUCGCCUAGGUUGUAAAAGAAAUUCCUCAAAAGAAUAGCUUCAAGACUGUGAAAUUUAAUUCAACCAACUGUUUUCAUUGUAAAGAGUGAGUUCAGUAUUUGCAUAUGGUAUGGAACAACACAAAUGGUCUAUUUCAACAAAGGCACUAAAAGUAAACCAACAUUAUUAUCAGUUCUGUUUCUGUGAUUUGGAACAGGCUCAUUGGGAUUACUGAACUUCAACCUGAAAAAAAAAAAAAAAAAAAAAUCCUGAUUUUUUUCUGUUUGGCUAUAUUGAUUUCCAGGCAUGUCUUUGUACACUCUGAACUCCUUGUCCAAACCCUGCUUAUCCCGUAGAGUGUUGGCAAACCUAGCCAUGUAUCUGGCAGAGCAGAGUGAUUUCUUCUUUAAGACGCUAAUCCCAAACAACUGUUGAAAAGAUGCUAAAACUUUAGGCUGCAAUUAUACAUUUGAAAUGAUGCCUCAGUCACUCUGCAUCUGCAAGUGUUAAACAAGCAGGUAAAGGUAUUGGAUGUAUGUAUUCAAACCCAUCAUAUUGCAGUACGUUUACUUGGAUUAUUUUUUCACACUCAGUAACAAUAUCGGAAAGAAGAAUUGUUUUUGAUUGUGUUCACAACUCUGCCCCAUGCCACUCAGAAAAGUGAGAGUUGUCUAAAAUGGCUACACAGUGGAGACAAAGGACAAACACUCUUGUUGUGACUCUUGGAGUGCUGCACUGCUGGGUAUUGGCGUCCUGUUAUGAUGAGAUGACUCGAGUUCUUACAGAGGACAAAUCUCUCAAAAAACAUUCAGUGACCCAUGAAAGAGUGAAAAGAGGAUGGGUGUGGAACCAAUUCUUUGUGGUGGAAGAGUACACAGGAACAGAGCCACUUUAUGUUGGAAAGAUCCACUCAGACUCAGAUGAAGGUGAUGGCUCCAUCAAGUACACUAUAUCUGGUGAAGGCGCAGGGACAAUCUUUAUCAUUGAUGAGGUCACAGGGGACAUUCAUGCCACUGAAAGGUUAGACCGUGAGGAGAAAGCCUUCUACACAUUACGUGCACAGGCUCGAGACCGCCAAAGUGAUGCCCCACUUGAACCUGAGUCAGAGUUUGUCAUCAAGGUCCAGGAUAUCAAUGACAGUGAGCCCAAAUUCCUGGAAGGGCCAUACAUCGGAAGUGUGGCUGAGCUGUCUCCCAUCGGUACAUCAGUAAUGAAAGUGAUGGCCUCAGAUGCAGAUGACCCUACAUACGGGAGCAGUGCCAGGAUAGUGUACAGUGUUUUGGAAGGAGAAAAGUUCUUCACUGUUGAUAGACAGUCUGGAGUGAUUCGGACAGCCAUAGCCGAUCUCGAUAGAGAGACACAGGACCGUUAUGAGCUUGUUGUCAAGGCAACAGACAUGGCAGGCCAAAUGGGUGGUCUCUCUGGCUCCACCACGGUGACCAUAGUGAUCACGGAUGUUAAUGACAACCCUCCACGUUUCCCUCAGAAGAUGUGUCAGUUUUCAGUUCCAGAAGGAAUGGCAGUAGGCACAUCAGUAGGACGCGUGAUGGCCACAGAUGCAGACAUGGGCGAGAAUACAGACAUGAGCUAUCUGAUUAAAGAUGAAGAAGGAGGAGAGCUCUUCAGAGUCUCCACUGACACAGACACACAGGAAGCCAUAAUAAUCAUAAAGAAGCCUCUGGACUUUGAGAAGAAAAGCACCCAUAAUGUGGUAUUGGAGGCAGUGAACAAGCAUGUGGAUCCACGCUUUGUGGACCUGGGCUCUUUCCGGGACCAGACAAUUGUCAGAGUCAGUGUGUCAGAUGUGGAUGAACCUCCAGUCUUCUUUCCACCCACCGGCACCAUUAUAGAAGUCCAAGAGGAUGCAAAGCAAGGAGCUCUUGUGGGUUUUGUUACAGCCAGGGACCCAGAUAUGGAUAACGUCCCUCUUAGGUACUUGAUAGAUCAGAGCACAGAUCAAGAGCAAAUCUUUAACAUUGAUGCAGUGACUGGUGCAGUCACCCUGGGGAAGAUUUUGGACAGGGAGACAGCCGGCUGGCACAACAUCACAGUGACAGCUGUAGAAGCAGAUAACCCAUCCAUGGCUUCUCAGACUACAGUUAGCAUCCGUAUUCUGGAUGUGAAUGACAAUCCACCUGAGCUGGCCACCCCAUACGAAGCCUCUAUUUGUGAAGAUGCAAAACCUGGCCAGCUCAUUCACACCAUCAGUGUUGUGGACCGAGAUGAACCUCAGUCAGGCCAUCGCUUCUAUUUUACACUUGUACCCGAAGCCUCCAAAAACCGUCAUUUCACACUGUGGGACAUUAAAGACCACACAGCAGGCAUUAGGACCCAGCGAUCAGGUUUCAACCGACAGGAGCAGAAUAUGUACUUGUUGCCAAUCCUGGUUGUGGACAGUGGACCUCCUGCUCUUAGCACGACUGGCACAAUUACCAUUCAUGUUUGUGGCUGUGACCCACACGGAGUCAUCCAGUCAUGCAACGCCACAGCCUUCAGCAUGGGCACAGCCCUUAGUCCAGGAGCUCUCAUUGCCCUGCUGGUCUGCAUGCUUAUCAUCAUCGUCAUUGUGCUGCUGAUUGUGACCUUAAAGCGCCACAGAAAGGGUCAACGCAUGUGCGAGGAAGAGGAAGACAUGCGAGACAAUGUCAUCAAGUAUAAUGAUGAGGGUGGAGGUGAGCAGGACACACAGGCCUAUGACAUGAGUGCGCUGCGCAAUCUCUACGACUUCCCUGAAGCCAAGAGCUCCGAGUCACUUCCCAAGCACAUCCAAAAUCAUGUGAACGCUGACAGGGAGGUAGCUGAUUUCUCCCUGUUUAAAGGCUACAUCCGGAAGAAGGUGGAGCAGGCGGAUGCAGACCCAUCGGUGCCUCCCUAUGAUUCAUUUCAGACUUAUGCUCUGGAGGGCAGCGGCUCACCAGCACUCUCACUAAGCUCCAUCCACACUCUGUCCACCAGCUCCGAGCAGGACUUCACCUACCUCAGAGACUGGGGGCCUCGCUUCAGGCAGCUGGCAGGUUACUAUGCCCCGACACAGCCUGAUGAAGAGGGGUCCUAGCACUGCCAGUUAUCCUAUGCCUAGUGUGCCAAGCUAACCACACACUGCUGUUCCAUAGACACAGUUCAGUCCUGGCACUGCCCACUCUCAAUUAAUGGCCACUCUCCUUUAUCAGUGGAUUAUCACUCGAUCUCGGUAUUUCCUGAACAUUUUAAUACCACUAGUAAAAGAUACAUAUAGUUUGCCUUUGCAAAAGAUUAAAAGGUAAAGGAAGACCACGCCAUGAGUGAGGAAUUAAGUAGGACUCCAACCUACUCUAACCUAGCAGUGUGUAAAAGGGGAGCUGGGCUGUGCUAUACGUAGUGCUAAGCCCACACUGUUCUCUAUUUUAAUUUUUCUUGUGUGUGUGUGUGCACACGUGCGUGCAUGCAUGUGUGUGUUCUUCCUUUCCUCUUCAAGUGACAGCAAAGUUUAGUGAAAUCAUUGGGAGACCAAGAGCAGGACACCAUGCAGCAGAACUUGGGAAGUCAUUUUCUAAGCCAAGACAAAUUAUUCCCA